AUGGAAGAGAAGCUUGCAGAUAGAUCUCUUGCUUAUCCAGAUGGGAAGAUUCAGGAUGUCUUGGUCAAAGUUGAUAAGUUCAUUUUUCCAGUUGAUUUCAUUGUGUUGGAUUAUGAGGCAGACAGGGAGGUAGCAAUCAUUCUAGGGAGGCCUUUUCUAGCUACUGGUAGAACUUUGAUUGAUGUGCAAAAGGGUGAACUUACUAUGAGGGUUCAAGAUGAGCAGGUGACUUUCAAUGUUUUCAAGGCUAUGAGAUUUCCAGAUGAGGUCGAAGAGUGUUCUGUGGUUUCAGUGGUAGAUUCUUUGGCUUUAAAGGAGUUAGAAAACAAUUUUGAUGAUCCUCUAGAGAGACUCUUGAUGUUUGAUUCACAUGCAGAUAAUGAGGACGAAUACUUGGCUUGGCUAGAAGCUAGUUCAUAA